CAACGCUACAGUAUCAGCUACUUGACGUAACAAUCCGGAACACACCCCUUCACGAAAGUAGCAGUCAGGCUGCCUGCGAACGAACUGCAGCUGAGACACAAGACCUGUCCUAUGUCGUCGCCAGAGAUCGCUUCCCUGUCCUGGGGACACAUGAAGGUGAAGGGCUGCUCCUCUGCCUAUAAGGACUGUAAGGUGUGGCCCGGGGGCAGCCGCGCCUGGGACUGGAGAGAGACUGGGACGGACCAUCACCCUGGAGUGCAGCCUGCAGAUCUGGAGGAGGUGCUUCAGAAGGGGGUGGAGAUUCUGGUCAUCGGGCGGGGCAUGAGUGAGGCGCUGCAGGUCCCGUCCUUAACUGUGGACUUCAUGAGACAGAGAGGAGUGGAGCUGAGAGUGCUGCAGACAGAGAAGGCCGUCACAGAAUACAACAACCUGGUUGGCCAGGGAGCCAAGGUGGGUGGCGUCUUCCACUCUACCUGCUGAUGACAUCACACCACAGAGGUGGCCAGUAGGAGAAGUCUGAAAGCCUGGUGCGAUUCAACAGGGUCAUAUUCAUUAAAGCACACCGUAGCAAAACAUUUUGCAAUGGAAAAUGACAAUGGCCGUUUCUUAUUAGACAAGUCCAUGUAGUCCCUCCCUGUUUUCUUCUGUUUGGUGCCUGAUGAACACAACCCUGGGGUGCAUUUAGCGAGGUGAAACAUUCAGAACACCUUAAUGAACAGAGCUGAAAUGACUUGUUGUGAAUAAAGGCUUGUUUUUGUCA